AGUCUACACACAAUCCUACACAUUCUGGUUCCACGGGCAAUCACAGUCUCACAUAUUGACGCUUUUCACAAUCGACCACCACUGCGCGCGUCUGAUAUUAGACUUGCAGAAAGAGAGUUGGCCCACGUAAAUCAAUGGCUGACCGACAUUGUGGACUCGAUUCGAGUGAGAUAAAAAAGAGGGAAGGUAUAAUAUGAUGUCUGGUAAUGCUUUUUCAAUAGCCUCUUCCUUAGGAGGGUUUCCUCCUCAAGUUCAAGAGCAAAACGCCAACCCUAACCCUAAACCUAAUCCUAAUCCAGCUGCCAAAAAGAAGAGAAAUCUACCCGGGACACCAGAUCCAGAUGCUGAGGUUAUAGCUCUUUCUCCCAAGACCCUCAUGGCGACCAACCGUUUCGUAUGUGAAAUAUGCAAUAAAGGGUUUCAAAGAGACCAGAAUUUGCAGCUGCACAGAAGAGGUCACAAUCUUCCGUGGAAACUCAAACAAAGGACCAACAAAGAGGUUAAAAAGAAGGUUUAUAUUUGCCCAGAGAAGACCUGUGUUCACCAUGAUCCAUCGCGAGCUCUCGGUGACCUCACCGGUAUUAAAAAGCAUUACAGUAGAAAACACGGAGAGAAGAAAUGGAAGUGUGAGAAAUGUUCCAAGAAAUAUGCAGUUCAAUCCGACUGGAAAGCUCACUCUAAAACUUGCGGCACUAGAGAGUAUAAAUGUGACUGUGGCACAUUAUUUUCCAGAAAAGACAGCUUCAUCACCCACAGAGCUUUCUGUGAUGCCUUAGCUGAAGAGAGUGCAAGGCUAACUUCUGUUGCAGCUACGAAUCUGAAUUUCAGAAAUGAUACUGUGAAUAUUUCUCAUGGAUUUGCUAACCAGGGACUUCAAGAAGUUGCAGGAGUUUCCCAAUUUGGAUCUGGUUUUCGAUCCGAUUUGGCUGCACCAGGUUUGCCUGAAAUGGUGCAAAUGGCAUCAGGUAAUCUAUUUGGCUUAUCUUCAAUGUCCAAUUAUGGAAGCCAGAACCAGCUUCAAGGAUUCGACAAGAGCAAUACUGCAACAAUUUCAAAAAAUUCAUCAAAUCUCUCCUUAUCAGCAAUCCCACAUGGACUAAAAGAAGAAAGCUCUUCUCUUUAUUCCGAUUCGCAAAACAAGCAACCGAAACCAGUUGCGCCCAUGUCAGCCACUGCACUCUUGCAGAAAGCAGCUCAAAUGGGUUCUACAAGAAGCAACCCAUCAUCACUCUUUGGAAGCAGUUUCAAUGUCAUAACUUCAUCUUCUUCAAACACGACCAAUUUCAACUCUCUCAACCAGAACAGAAACGAACUGCAACAAGUAUUUCAAAAUGUUAAGCAAUCAGAAAACAAUCUUUCCGGCACAGUCACUUUAGCUAUGAGUGACGGAGUAAUGGGCAGUUCUACUACAUCAAAUUUGAAGCUGCAGCAAGGUUCAAAUCCAAUGGAGAAUAGUCUUACAAGAGAUUUCCUCGGCAUGAGUAAUGAUCAAUCUGGCCGUCCAUUUUUCUCACAAGAGCUAGCAAAGUUUGCUUUGAGCCAAUUUACCAGCAACCACUAGAGCCAUUUCACAUCGAACCCGUAUGCAAUUUUCACCCAAUUGCAGCUAGCUCCUGUAAAAAUAUCUCAAACUUCAGGCAUUAGCACUCAAUAGAGCAACAUGUGAAUGAUGGCCGGGCUCGGAGGUCGGGGCCACCGGGCCAGUAUUGCAUAUUUGAAGUGACAAAACAAUGAAAGAACUUCAAGUCAUGCAUGUUAUCGUUGUUCUUCUUCUUGUUUUUUUUUUCUGUCUCAACUCUUUUAUCGUAUUUCGGCCUUCUUUUUUAUUUUGAAA